GCAGCAGCGGCAGCGGCAGCAGCAGCAGCAUUAGCAGCAAUAGGACAUAGCAGUGACAACUACAGUGACGGCGAUUAUAUCGGUGCGAACAGUAUCGUAACGACGCAAUAAAAUUCUGUUUCUCUCUCACGAUUCGUGUGACAACAGCUCCUUCUCUUGGCCACGAUGAAGGACGCGAGAUCUCCGUUUCCGCGCAUCGUAAGCAUCGUGACUGUGGAGUAAUGUGUUGUUGAUGUGCGCGUGUGUGUGUGUUUGUGUCUAUGUGUGAGACAUCUCGUCCUUGUUCCGUUUUUUUUCACCCUUUGACCGACAUAACUCGCGGAAAAAUAUCACCUUAAGACAGCGACGAGGACGGAGAAGAACCUGCGACGUCUAGCAUCUCUUACUCACCAUGGCGGUGAAUCCGCGUGAUAUGGACGGCUUCAUGCCGCUCCUGUCAACGUCGGACAUUAAAAAGAAGCUAAACGUCGGUAACGCGUUGCUGUCCUACCUCGGCGAUUCGAGCAAGAGCAUCGAGUGCCAGGACAUCGGCAUGUUCAUCGACAAUGUUAUACCGUGGCUUAGCAACGGUAAUCCCAAGGUUGUCCAGAACGGUCUAGAGAUUCUAACGUAUCUCGCGGAUCGGAUGGGUCACGAUUUCAAGCCUUACAUCUCGAGCAUCAUUCAGCCGACGAUAGACAGGCUAGGCGACAGCAAAGAUGCCACAAGAGAGAAGGCGCAGUUGGUACUUCUCAAAAUCAUGGAGAAGGGAUGUAUGUCACCCCAAAAUCUUCUGGAUAGACUUCGUCCAGCGUUCAACCAUAAAAAUGCGAAGUUACGAGAGGAAGCUUUGAUCCUCCUAACGACAACGCUGAACGAACACGGAGCGGACGAGAUGGCUCUGUCCGGAGUGAUACCGAACAUCGUGAAGUUACUGUCCGACCCCUCGGAGAAGGUCCGUGAAACCGCUUUAAACACGCUGGCAGACAUCUACCGGCACGUCGGCGAGAGAUUACGCGUCGAUUUGCAAAGAAAGCACGAUGUGCCGCAAGCCAAGAUGCUUCUUUUAAUAGAAAGGUUCGAUCAGCUAAAGGCCGCCGGUGAUCUUUUACCUUCGGCGAUGUCAUCCGACGUCGGUAAAGAUAGCGACGAGCCUGACAGAGUGACGGUGAAAUCGGCUUCCGUUAAGAAGCUGAAUAUGCCACCGAAAAGAGGACAAUUUGGACCCGCUAAGACAUCCUCUUCCGCGUUAGCUCUUCCUUCUGGUACUCCAUCCUACACGGUCCCAAGGGCAGCGACCGUCAAAAGAGCUCUGUCAGUAAGAACAGCAUCAGGACAAGCCGGAGCUGUCGACGAAGAAUGCUUUAUCACCGCAUUCGAGGACGUCCCUACUGUCACCUUAUUCUCGGCGAAGGAUCUCGAAGAGCAGAUGAAAGUUAUCAAAGACACAGUGGGCGACGACAAGAAGGAUUGGAAACAGAGAGUGGACAGUAUGAGAAAGCUAAGAGCCAUUGUACUCGCAGGUGGCACUAAUUACGAACAUUUUCUCGAGUGCCUAAAGAACAUGCAGCGACCGUUUGAACAAGCCUGCACCGAUCUGAGAUCCCAGGUAGCGAGAGAGGCGUGUAUCACUCUAGCCUUUCUGAGUCAAAGCCUGAAGAACAAAUUCGCCGGUUUUGGCGAGACAGUUUUACUCACGUUAAUGAACCUUAUACAAAAUAGUGCCAAGGUCGUGGCGACAGCCGGUGCAGUAGCAGUUCGAUUUAUUCUUCAAAAUACCCACUGCAACCGAUACGUACCUAUAAUUAUAUCGUGCGUAUGCCACAAGAGCAAAGACAUUCGCAGAGCGUCUUGGGAGUAUCUGGCGUUAAUUUUGCAGACUUGGCCUACGCAGAUAUUGCAGAAGCAUGCGACGAUAUUGUCGGACGCCCUGAAGAAAGGCAUCGCGGAUUCCGAUUCGGAGGCGCGAGCUUUUGCCAGGAAAUCGUUCUGGGCAUUUAAAAAUCAUUGUCCGGAACAGGCUGAAAUAUUACUUAAUACCUUGGACGCGACGUACAAACGGUCUUUGAUGUCACUCAGCAACAGCGGCAGUAGUAACAGCUUGAACGUCGUGGCUAACGCGAGAUCAUCAAGCGUUAGUCCGCGCACAGCUAGACCCGUAAUGAGUGCCGCAGGUAGUACGGAAAAUUUGCAUCAGACCACGAGUCAACCGCACGGUCCGCUCAGACGUACCCCGUCCUUGCCUCGGUCUUAUCGUCAAUCUGGUAUCCCGAUACUACAAAGACCAACAGAUAGUCAUUAUCGAGGUACACCAGGAGUUAGAUCUACCAGUGCGAUCGAUUUGCAAGCUGCUCAAAGAGCAAAAGCCAGAAUAAUGUAUGCAAAUAUAAGCAGACAAAAAGCAGCAGCUCUUCCUCGUCCUAGUAAAUCUCCAGAUCCCACCGCAAUUGCUAGCCCAGAAAGAAUUGCGAGGACAAGGACAAGAGUUUCGGGAGUUUCACAGUCUCAACCCAGCAGUAGAUCAGGUUCUCCGUCGUCAAGAUUAAGUUACGCUACGUACAAUCGCGAAGGCGAGUCGCUAAUAGGUAGACCGAGGCGAUUAUCGGGACAUACCAUUGGCAGCACGAGCAACAGUCGCGAGCCUAGUCCGCAGAGAUUCGGAAUGGACAGAAGUUUCGCUGGUAAACUGAGAGGAAGAACUUUACAUAUGUCGCCGACGGACAGCACUAGACCUCCGGUUAUGGCACAAAAGAUGCUACAGAAGUCACGCGAAGCGGAGUCCGCCUUGGCGGAUGCUUUAACCUUUGAUAGUAUGGAUAAUUAUACCAGAAUACCAGGUGGUAAAGGAGAUCACAGUGAUGACAGCGAGAACAGCAGUAUAUGCUCGGAACGAAGCAUAGACGGUUUCAGACGAGCUAGUGAUUCGUUCUCAUGGAGUGGCUCUCAACCGAGACUAUAUCGUGAUCUAUGGGAUCAAUCAAUCCCAAAGGACAUCAAAGAAAUUAUUGAGAAUUGUGCUCACAAACAUUGGGGAGAUAGAAAAGAAGGUUUAGUAGGCUUGCAGCAUUAUUUGAGCAAUGGAAACACAUUGACAACAACGGAUUUACGUAGAGUAACGGAUAUUUUUACAAAAAUGUUUAUGGAUUCUCAUACCAAAGUGUUCAGUUUGUUUCUGGACACGCUGAACGAAUUGAUCAUCACUCACAAUGAAGGUCUUGGUGACUGGCUUUACGUUUUGUGCGCCAGGCUUCUCAAUAAAUUGGGCACCGAUGUGUUAGGAUCUAUACAGACAAAGAUCCACAAAACACUUGACGUUGUGAGAGACUGUUUCCCGGGCCAACAGCUUCUACCGGCUGUGAUGAGGUAUCUGACAGAUCCAACACAAACACCAAAUUUUCGCGUGAAAGUAGCAGCAUUGACUUUUAUCACGCAGAUCGCUGAGACGGCAGAACCGUCCGCGCUAAGCAGUUCUGCAUCCACAGCGAUUGCACGGCUGCUCGACUGGUCGAAUGACGUUAAAAGCCAAGAUGUGAGGAGGCACGCGCAGAAUGCUGUGAUAUCACUUUACAAUCUCAAUCCACCUCAAGUUACUAUGAUACUUUCCGAGUUACCGAAAUUGUAUCAAGAAACAGCCUGGCCUUUGGUUCAGAAUCACUUGAAGAAGACGUCCGCGUCGAGUAAUCCGGCGUCACCUGGUACUCCGCCACCUAGAAUGCAGAGUUCACCGGCUCGUACGAAAGUAAAGAACGAAAUUAAGACAGAAGCAAAGACCGAGAUCGAUGGUGGAGACGACAAUUUGGAAGAAGUAUACAAUUCUUCUUACAGAUCUCUGCGACGCACUACUGCUGAAAUCCAAAAUUAUGGCUUUGAACGUCUGGAGAGAGCCACUACCAGCAAAGAUAGUGGAAUUAGCAAUAUGGCCGAUGUAGAAGAAAGAAUGGAAGGUCUCACAUUAUCUAAUUCGGGUCGAUCUUCGUCCGUCUCUUCACCAACGCAACGAGGAAGAUCUGGCAGUAACAUUACAGUUAACGGAUCCGAUACGAUCGCUGGUGAUUUGAUUCUACCUCAAGAAAAUAAUGGUUAUAAAACACAUGGAUCGUCACCUGAUUUGGUAAACAGACCAGAAAUCGUGGACAAUAUGGUUAAGACUCUGCAGUCCAAAGUAGCGCAAACUACAGAAAAAGUGUCUGUGUUACAAGAAUUUCAACUUUAUGUACGGGAAGGCGAUGCGUCAUAUAUUAAACGAAACUUCAAAAAAGUGCUCAAAGUUUUAUUAGAUAGUUUAUCCAAUGACGGUAAAGUGAUACAAGUAGAAGUGCUUCAAACGCUCAUUGAUAUGCUUAAAUGCUCUGAACUCGUAGAGAACUUUUCCUCUUACAAUGAGUUGUUGGUUCUGAAAGUUAUCUACGCCUAUAAAUCCGAUGAUCAGAAGGUCGAUUCUUCCAGCGGUAGCGGCGGUAGAUCACCAGUGCACUGGAGCGCGGAAAAAUGCGCAGCAACCAUGGCCAUGGUUUUAAAACCGGAUCAAAUCAUCCAUUUAGUUUCCACUAUAAUCGCUACAGAAUCUUAUCCAUUAAAUAUGGGUGCAAUAAAAAUGUUGCAUAAAGUAGUGGAGCAUUGGGGUCGUGAAGCUAUCGAACCUCAUCUUGCCAAGGUUAUGCCCGGUCUUAUUAAGGCCUAUGAUGAUGCCGAGAGCGCAGUUCGCAAAAGCGCGGUCUUCUGCAUGGUGGCGAUCCACGUCGCGGUUGGCGAAGAGGUGUUGAAACCGCAUCUAAGCUGCUUGUAUUCCAGCAAGUUAAAACUGCUGAAUAUUUAUAUACAGCGCGCGCAGCAACAAACGAACAGUCAGCCUGCGAGUCCGCGCAGCAACAGCAAGAAUUAACCAACAUCUAACACUGUUUUGACUCUCAGGGUCGCGAUGCUUAAAAGAUUUGCCCGUUUUGGCGCGCGACAUGAGCGAAUGCUCAUCAGCUUCCUCAGUAAGUCCAAUCCGUGAUCACGGUCGACAAUGACGGUUUUAACCGUAUGACUCGGAACUUUUCAUAAGAUAGAGACUGAUUUUGUGUGUAUGUGUGUGUUUGCGUUAAUCGCGACAACAUAUGUGCGUGUGUAUGUGUGAAUCGCUGCUCGAGACGAUAGUGAUGUUGUCUGUAAAAGAAAGCCCAAAAAAUGAGAAAAGCAGUUUGUAAUUGGUCUUAGUAUUACAUUUGUCAAAUUUAUAGAAAUUCUUGAUAAAAAGACUACAGAUGAGUGUAGUGGUGUUCAUUAUCAAAAGAGAAUAAGAGAAUAGUUUGUGCGAUUUUUCAAAUUAUGCAACUAACUGUGCAUACAAAGAAAAACUAAGCUUAAAAAAUGAAGUCCGAAGUAGGAAUAUUCCGGUAUAAAUUCUAAGUAUUUUUAUCGACAUUUUAGAUUCUAAAAUUUAUAUAGAGUUACAGAGAAGAACGAGUGCAUUUCUGUUUUUGCAAAUAUUUUAAUGUGUUUAUAAGAAGAGUUUAUAUCGUUAUAUUUCUCUCCGUUAGGUUGUAAUCAAUAUCAAAAUAUUGUAUGUAAUUACCACGAGUACAUAAACAUUUUGAUAAAUACUUAUUAUCGAACUCUUAUAAUUCGUAUUAUUUUUUAAGUUACAUGUUUUUGCAGUUUUGCGGUUAAUUGCAUGACCUUUCACACUUGAAGAAAGUGAUUUUUUUAAGUAUGAAAGGAAGGAAGAAUCAACAAAUAUCAUUUUGUGAUAUGCUUGCAACGUUUAUUCUGUAAAAAACAUUAGGUAAUUUUAUGUGUCAUUUUGCGAACUGAUGACAAUAAUUUGGUUAAUUAUGUGCUAAACGUUUCUUUUUGUAUUGUUUUUCUUUAUUGGUAUAAUACUAUACAUGUACGUAUAUAUACAUAUACAAGACAAUAUUUACGCUUAUAUUUUAUGAUGGAGAGAUUUUCAGCAAGUCCAGUAUUUUUGUUAAUAUGAAUAAAAAACAACUUUUAUUUUGCAAACAGCAGUUGAAAAAACUUUUUGUUUUUAUAUAUGUUUUUUAAUCUAUCCAUCAUCACGAGAACCUCAUAUCUUGUAAAAGUUUAACGACUUUUGAGAGAAUACAAUACAACAUCACUGUCUCCACGAGUCCCAAUCUUUUCUCGUAACGCGCAGCAGCUGAAUAUUAAUCACACGGGCUAUCUGAUGUUAUAUAUUAAAAUAAUAUUGUAUACGUGCUUGUUAUCGAUUUACCAAUGCCGAUCGUAAAUAUCGCGUGUCCGUCGCGAAACGUCGUGAUUACAUUUUACAACAAACGACAUGUGAUAGAGCAAAGUGGAAACGUAAAAAAGUAUAAUUUAUUUGUUUUGAAAUCUAUGUGCUAGUCAGAUUCCCAAGGACGCACAAUAACGUAAAACAAAAAAAAAAAAACAAGACAAACGGAAUAGUCGGAUUGUUUUUUUGACAAAUAAUACACAACUAACUAUACUUACAUUACGGAAAGAAAUAUGUGAGAUAAAAAGCGAUAUUUUGCGUGUACGAAUGCGAGAGAGAACGCUUUGUGUGACUGAGAAAUUAGCGCAUGUUUAAGAAGCAAGCAUACAUAUAAAUAAAAGUAGUAGCUAUUAUAGCAAAUUGAUCUGCUCGAGACUAACGUUAACACUUGAAAUUAUUCAUCACGUUGCCAAUAAUAUAACGAAGGAACGCUAAAUCAAACGCUAACAUAACGAGUUUAGUAACAUUUUGUGCCAUUGUCGUUUCUGUUUACUGUAUAAGGAAAAAAAAUUUAUAUAUAUAUGUAGAGAGAUAAAUCCUUUUUUGUCCUUUUUCUCUUACUAUAAAUAUAUAUACAUAUAUAUGUGUGUAUAUAUAUAUUUAGUUGAGAUACGAUAUAAGGAUAAUAAAAAGGGUAAUUUUUAUUAUAAUAUUCUCAUUAAAAUGAAUCAUUUUUGAGGUAUUACGAGAUAUUGAAAAAAUGUUUUUUGGAAACGUUCGUUGUUCGUACGUAAAUAUUACUUAUUAUACAAAUGUACCGAGUGUAAUAGGUAGAGAAAAAAACAAAUGUGUCGUUCUCAGCGAAUUCUUUUGCAACGCGAAUGUAUGUGUCCAAUAGUACCUCCAUAAUUCAUUUGAGCGUGAUGACGCGAUGAUUCUCAAACAUAAUUACGGCCAAAUAGUGCCAAAGAAAAGAACAAAAUACCGAAGAGAGCACGAAUAUAGGAGCAAUCUGACGCGUAAACAUUGAGAAAAAAAAGAGAAGUGAGUUAAAGCACGACAGACUGUGUAUUUCUUUUACUUUGUGCCUUCGGCGUCGACGUGACGGGAUUUGAUUGACAAUUGUCUUUCAUCAUCACUUAGGAACAAUUUCGCAGAUAGAGAUACAAUUACCAAGAGAUUAAAAAAAAAAAAAAAAAAAAAAAAAA